AUGCAUACCAGAAGACCCUAUCGAGUGGAGGAUGUUGACAGACAUUGCCUCGGGGAUGACUUGGUCAAUCUCGAGGUCCUGGAUGAGGAUACAAUUAUCUACUGGCUGGAGAAACGCUAUGCAGAUGCGCUGAUCUACACCUAUGUGGGAGAUAUCCUAAUUGCCUUAAACCCCUUCCAGAAUCUAAGCAUAUACUCCCCACAGCUCCAGUUUUCCAGGCUUUAUCACGGGGUGAAGCGAGCCUCGAAUCCUCCCCACAUAUUUGCGUCAGCAGACAAUGCUUACCAGUGUUUGGUCACUUUCAACAAAGACCAGUGCAUUGUCAUCAGUGGAGAAAGUGGAUCAGGGAAGACAGAAAGCACCCAUCUCAUUGUUCAGCAUCUGACUUUCUUGGGAAAGGCCAACAAUCAAACCUUACGCCAGAAAAUCCUCCAAGUGAACUCCCUGGUGGAAGCCUUCGGGAACGCGUGCACGGCCAUCAAUGACAACUCCAGCCGGUUUGGGAAGUAUCUGGAAAUGAUGUUCACACCAACUGGAGCUGUGAUGGGGGCGAGAAUCUCCGAGUACCUCCUUGAAAAGUCCAGAGUUAUAAAGCAGGCCGCGGGAGAGAAAAAUUUUCACAUAUUUUACUAUAUUUAUGCUGGCCUUUAUCACCAAAAGAAACUUUCCGAGUUCAGACUUCCCGAGGAAAAGCCUCCUAGAUACAUAGCUGCUGAAACUGGACGAGUCAUGAGGGACAUUACAUCCAAGGAGUCUUACCGGAGACAGUUUGAGGCGAUCCAGCACUGCUUCAGGAUUAUCGGGUUCACCAACAAGGAGGUGCAUUCCGUGUACAGAAUUCUGGCUGGGAUUUUGAAUAUCGGGAACAUUGAGUUUGCAGCUAUUUCCUCUCAGCACCAAACGGACAAAAGCGAGGUACCCAACCCCGAAGCUUUGGAAAAUGCUGCCUGUGUGCUCUGCAUCAGCCCCGAAGAGCUCCUGGAGGCUCUCACGUCCCACUGUGUGGUCACCCGGGGCGAGACCAUUGUCCGAGCCAACACGGUGGACAGGGCUGCCGACGUCAGGGACGCCAUGUCUAAGGCCCUCUAUGGGAGGCUCUUCAGCUGGAUUGUGAAUCGCGUCAACACACUCCUGCAGCCAGAUAAAAACAUAUGUAGUGCCGAGGACAGGAUGAACGUGGGCAUCUUGGACAUUUUCGGCUUUGAGGAUUUCCAGAGGAAUUCCUUUGAACAGCUCUGCAUAAACAUCGCCAACGAACAGAUCCAGUACUACUUCAAUCAGCACGUGUUCGCUCUCGAGCAGAUGGAGUACCAGAACGAAGGCAUUGAUGCUGUCCCUGUGCAGUAUGAGGACAAUCGCCCGCUCCUGGACAUGUUCCUCCAAAAACCCUUGGGCCUCCUUGCCCUUCUGGAUGAGGAAAGUCGGUUUCCCCAAGCGACAGACCAGACCUUGGUCGAUAAAUUUGCAGACAACCUACGGUGCAAAUUCUUCUGGAGGCCCAAAGGAGUGGAGCUCUGCUUUGGCAUUCAACACUACGCCGGACCGGUGUUAUAUGAUGCUUCUGGGGUUCUUGAGAAAAACAGAGACACUCUCCCUGCUGAUGUGGUUGUAGUCCUGAGGACGUCUGAGAACAAACUUCUUCAGCAACUGUUCUCAAUCCCCUUGACCAAAACAGGUAAUUUGGCCCAAACAAGAGCUAAGAUCACAGCAUCUUCAAGAUCUUUGCCUCCACAUUUCAGUGCUGGGAAAGCCAAGGUAGACACCCUGGAGAUGAUCCGUCAUCCAGAAGAAACGACCAACAUGAAGAGACAAACCAUGGCUUCCUACUUCCGGGUAUGAAGGCUGCUGCUUCUCAGGUCUUCCUCCUUCCAGAAAGGACAAGCCCCG